AUCAUUAAAUUCAUAAGAUUUUAAUGAGCAUGCAGCUGCAUAAUCCUUAAAUACCAUCCAUCCAUGCUUAUAAAUUAUUUAAAAUAUAGAUGUAUCGUGACUCAGAGUUAAAUUUGAAAUGUGACAUCGGCCAAACAGCAAUGACGGCGCAUUUGUUGUCCGUUCAAUAUUUUCACUUCGUAAAAAAUGGCGUUUAGCUUACCCGCGUUUUCUUAUGUUGUUGCAUUAAUUGUUGACGCUAUUCUUAUAUUUUUUGCCAUCUUCCACGUUAUAGCUUUUGACGAGCUUAAAACGGAAUUCAAAAAUCCUAUCGAUCAUUGUAAUAGUUUAAAUCCAUUAGUACUUCCAGAAUAUGGUAUACAUAUUUUUAUAAAUUUAUUAUUUCUGAUUACCGGGGAAUGGAUGUCAUUAAUUCUCAAUGUUCCACUUAUUGCUUACCAUAUAAAUAGGUAUCGAAAUAGGCCUGUAAUGGCAAGAACAGGCUUAUAUGAUCCUACGAGUAUAAUGAAUCUGCAUGAUUUAAAUACAUGUCAACGAGAGGGAUGGGUUAAACUAGCAUUUUAUCUUCUUUCAUUUUUUUAUUAUUUAUACGGAAUGAUUAGUUCAUUGAUUCAUUAAAAUAUAAAUAUUACCAUUGAUCUCAUCUUUGUGUUACCAAUGAGGGUAAUAAAAUAAACAGUGUUUUUUUUUUUUUUUUUCCCACAAACUGAUAAUGUUUAUGCUAUAUUUGUAAAUAUCAUUGGUACGUCUUA